GCCACUGCUGAAACAGUCUCCAUGGAAUUCACAUCAAGGCAGUGGGUGGAACACAGGUAGUAUGACUUGGGGAGGAAUGCAUGGCAGAGACCACCGCAGAACUGGAACUGUUGGAAUCCCAGGAACAAUGAACCAAAUAUCACCACUGAAGAAACCCUUUUCUGCUAAUGUUAUUGCUCCACCUAAAUUCACUCGCACUGCUCAAUCACUAAAUCCCAAAUCCUGGAUUGAAGAUAAUAUUUUCAGGACAGAUAACAACAGCAACAACUUGUUGCAGUUACAGGACCGAGCUAGAAUGUAUGACAGCUUGAAUAUGCAUUCACUGGAAAAUUCACUUAUUGACAUAAUGAGAGCGGAACAUGAUCCACUGAAAGGACGCAUAGGAUAUCCUCAUCCAGUAGCUGACAAUCUGCUGAUGUUAAAUGCAAGGAGUUAUGGGCGAAGAAGAGGUCGCUCAUCUCUGUUCCCCAUAGACGAUGCCUUAGUGGAUGAAUGUCACAAUGAUCAAGUUGUAUCAGGGGUCCUGAACUCGACAUCAUGCUUUACUGCACACCAAAAUGGGGAACGUAUUGAACGCUUCUCAAGAAAAGUCUUUGUUGGAGGUCUUCCCCCAGACAUCGAUGAAGAUGAAAUCACCAGCAGCUUCAGACGUUUUGGACCCCUGGUGGUAGACUGGCCACAUAAAGCAGAAAGCAAGUCUUACUUCCCACCGAAAGGUUAUGCUUUCCUUUUGUUUCAGGAAGAAAGUUCAGUUCAGUCUCUGAUUGAUGCAUGUAUAGAAGAAGAUGCAAAGCUCUAUCUUUGUGUUUCUAGCCCUACCAUUAAAGACAAACCAGUGCAGAUACGUCCCUGGAAUCUAAGUGACAGUGAUUUUGUGAUGGAUGGCUCUCAACCUCUUGAUCCUCGUAAAACAAUCUUUGUUGGAGGAGUUCCUAGACCUCUACGAGCUCUUGAGUUGGCUAUGAUAAUGGACCGUCUUUAUGGUGGAGUUUGUUAUGCAGGAAUUGAUACUGACCCUGAGCUGAAAUAUCCAAAAAGGUGCUGGCCGUUGCUUUUCCAAUCAACAAAAGUUACAUUGCUGCCAUCAGUGCCCGUUGAGUUGGCUAUGAUAAUGGACCGUCUUUAUGGUGGAGUUUGUUAUGCAGGAAUUGAUACUGACCCUGAGCUGAAAUAUCCAAAAGGUGCUGGCCGUGUUGCUUUUUCCAAUCAACAAAGUUACAUUGCUGCCAUCAGUGCCCGGUUUGUUCAGCUUCAACAUGGUGAUAUUGAUAAGCGUGGAAAGGCUUUUUCCCUGUAUUUGUUGGGCUGCUGUUCUCAAGUGGCCUAUCUUUCUAUUAACUGGAGUUAUGAUGCAGCUGAUGCUUUUUCUAUUGCUGCUGCCUUUGGUUCUGUGUUAAGACACUAUUCUUUGCUGCACCCCCAACCUUUGCCUGAUGAUAUUAAGGCUAAAUUAAUGGAUGCUGCUGUUGACAAAAAUCUCUCUAGUUCUGCAGCUGCUGAGCUUUUUAAGUCCCUGUAG